ACUUAUAGCACCGUACCUUCAUUUCUCACAGUAACUGCUUCACAUGUUCAAACAUAUAAGGGUUGAUUUCAUGAAAUAUCUAAAUUGUAAAAUGAUUCUGAAUCUUUUUUUGUUUGUUACAUGUGCUCUUCAGGGAAUACCAGUCAAACUUGUUGGUGUAUUAAUGUAGGUAUGGCUUCAAUUCGCUUUUGCAAAUGAACUAUUCAUUUAUGUUCUAAUUAGCAACCCAGCAAAACACACAAAAGCAUCGGGAAAACGAGCACGAAAGCACCUUUUAAUCAAACAUGAACACCAUCUGGGGAAAUCUGCAUUUUGGUAAGAGGGCGCUGACGUCAGUAAGAGGACGCAGAGCUCAUGUUACCCAGUUUAGACAAAACCCUGGUAAGGGCAAAGCGAGCAGUUAUAAUAAGAUUUAUAUUAAUGAUAUUAUGCUUUUAUUGGCUUAAUAGCAUCAAACAGAGAGUACAGCAGCAGCUUCAUGAAAACAUGUGAGUCCCUCUAGAGGUGGGUUGCAGACAUGUUGGAUAUAAACUGUAUUCUUAAUACUUACAGCAUGGGCUUGAAAUGUAUUGUAUUGUCAUUAUUUGCAUCUAAUGUUGUUUGUUAUAUAUUUUAAUGGAAUAUUGCUUUUUCUUCUGUGCAUUUGAUUGUUUUGCGUUUUACUAAAUAAAGUGACCUAUUAACCUUUCUUGUAAGGUUUGUCAUGACAUAGCUUUCACAACCUGGACUGAAUGGCAUUACUUACGUACACCUGCACUGCCUUUUGUGACUGCUGUUCAUCCUGUGUCUAUAUAAAGGCAUAUCACCCUCUACCCACUACUGUUUAUCUGGUCAGCAUUAGGGGUUUGAACCUGCAGAGCUCUGCUGCUGGUGUUAACCACAUCCUCCAAACAACACCUCUCCUUCAGUUCUCUGACAAAAGUUACACAUAAAACUGCAAAGAUACCGAGAGGAACCAGCAGGUUGUUAACUUUUAUUAAAACCAAACGUUUUUACAUUCUCACAUUCCUCUGUUGCAUUGAUGACCAAACCUAAAAGUCUGAUGUUACAAGAGAUUUACACAAGAAAGAAUAAAAGCUCAUUUAAAGUCAACAGCCGUCAGAGGAGAGAUGAAGUUAGAAUUAGGAAGUGACUCUUCAUUACCACAGGAAGCAGGUACUGAGUUCUUGUUAAAGAAGCAGCCGGUUAGAGACUCUGACAGUCGAGAGCCAGAGACCGAGAGAGAAGCACGAUGUCUGAAUUCAGAAGGAUCAUGAUGUCUUCAUUCCUGAUGCUGCUGCUCCACUUUCCAGCUGCAGCUGUGAGACGUUACAUUGUCAGAGCUGGAGAUGAAGUCACUUUGCCUUUUGACUAUGUGAUACAUGAUCAGGAUAAGUGUGAGAGUACUAGGUGGUACUUCAGUGAUUCAAGAGGUUCACCAGUGACGCUGUUUGAAGACGGACAGAUUCACAACGAUUCCAAAGCUAAAUCAGACAGACUGAGAGUUACAGAGAAUUGUUCUCUGGUUAUAAAGAAGGUCACAGAGGAGGAUGCUGGUUAUUACACCUGCAGACAGCUCAACAGAUCAGGAGAACAACAAGGUCCAGACUCUGAGGUUCUUCUGUCUGUUGUUUCCAUGACUGAACAUCAGGACAAUGAUGAGGUGACGUUACGCUGCUCUGUGUCGACAGAUGGAUGGUGUUUACACCCAGUGAAGUGGCUGCUUCAGGGUCGAGAUGUGGACAAAGAUCACAGAGAGAUAAACACAUCACUGUCUUACUGCUCUGCCUCUGUGACAUUUCAGACUUCUCUCUUUAGUAACACAACAAGGUCUGAGUUGGUUUCUUGUGCAGUAACUAAUGUGUUCACAGGAGAAGUUCAUCUGUUUCCCUUCAGCGCUCAGUCCUCAGAUGCUACAACAACUGGAACAGCAAUUGAUGAAUGGACAUCUGAAAGCAACACCGGAACAGGAGCAGACUGCAAACAUCCAGAAGGACCAGCUGUGUGGUGGGUCAUCCUGGUGUCUGUGGGGUUAGCAGCUCUCGUCGUCACCGUGGUUACGGUCCACAUCUGGACCAGAGCUAAAGGGGGCAAAAAAGGGAUGAGAAAAAACCUGGAGCAGAAUGAUGAAGAUGAAGAUGAGGUGAACUAUGAAAACGAUGGAGGGGCUUCUGCCUCUGUGUGACUGAUCAACAACAUCAACUCCCCUCAGAGUCCAUGCUGUCAAACAUCACCUCCUCAUAUGUUAGAGGAGAAAACAGGAGAACCAUGAGAUCAUUGGAACAUUUCUGAUGCCUGAGAACACCUGAGCCCCACGAGAGGCCCUUCAGAAACUCACCUCCAUGUGAUAGGAGACACAGCUUAUUGUAUUCAUUCCUUUCUGACUGAACGUCCUUUAAGUGUGCUCUCACAUUCCCAUACAUAGUUAUACUGGAUCUGAUCUAUAGUCUGCAGUCUCUGGAUAACAUCUCUAUAUUAGCAGUACUUGUACUCACACCUUAUACCUUCACUUCUCACUGUAACUGCUGCACAUGUUCAAACAUACAAGUGUUGGGUUGAAUUCAGAUUUUUUUUUAAUUCUAAUAUUUAUGUUUUCAUUGUGCUCGCUAAGGACUUUCAAUCAAACUUGGUCUAAUCAAUUUUAAGAAUGUAUUUGAUUUGUUUUUCAAUUAAUGAUUCAUAAAAUGUCUUAUAAUUAGCAUAGCGUGUACUUAUACCUACAGUAUAUAUACCUGUACUGCCUACUGUAACUGCUGCACAUGCUGUAUAUAUCUGAUCAAUAGUCUAUACCAUAUAUUUACUAUAGGCUACUCACUUUUUACUCUAUGUGUAUUCCUAAAGCUGAAAUGCCUCCAGUAUCUUAGGAUGUUUUAAUUAGCUUAAGUCCUAAUGGAAUAUGUUUCUCCUUUUUUUUACUACGGCUUUAAUGAAAUAUCAUCCAAAUAAAAAGAGUACUUUUAAAUGAAUGUUA